CUCAUAAUCUCCCCAGCAGGGUUACCAGUGCAACUGGAGUAGGAUGAUGAACUGAGGCUCUGAAAUGGGCCAGAAUUUAAAAAAAAAAACAACGAUUGGAGAGGGUUGGGAAAAGCUGUACGUGUAACAGUGAUCACAACUUGCACAGACAUCCAAAUGCCAAUUGAGAAGGCAGCAGAGACAGGAUCACAGUUGGGAGCACUUCCAUAGGAAGAAAGGCUGGAUUAACAGGUUCCCAGCCUGAGCUGCUCAUUCUGACUCCCACACUCUCUUUCACCAGUUUCACCACUUGUACCAGCACGAGUGAGUGAGGACACAGACAUGAACGACUGGCCAGCCAGGGCACUGGAAAUUAAACCACAGACGUACCAAAUACAGGAGAAAGUACGUCCCUAAGACAGACCUCACCGCGGUGCAUUCCACUGGUUUUCUUCCUUGGGAAACACCACUCGCUCCAUCCUCCUGCUGCUAUUGCCGGUGUGGUGACUGCCUGGACCCCUGCUGACAGCACAACUCCCUCUCACUUCUAUCUCCAUCCCUGCCAUCCCCACCGCACCACGACACCCGGGGAGCCGGUCCUUGCCGAGAGCUGACCGCCCGCUCAGCCCGGCGCAGCCGGAGCCGAGGCCCGGAGGAGCUCCCAGGGCGCACGGUACCGAACGUCACCUCCCCGGGAGGGGGAAUCCCUCCUGGGCCCCGUGCCCCACUCCCCCCGUGGCUUUGGACCGCACCGCCGGCACCAGCCCUCCCCCCGUCCGGGUACCGUCCCGUCCGGGUACCGUCCCGGGGCAGCUCCGCCUCAUCCCGAGCCUGACGAGAGUCGGGGAACGGCGCCCACCGCCGCCAUGACACUGCCCCGAGCAUCUGGGCACCCCGUCACUGAGACGUCACUUCCGCAUCCCGACAGCUGGCCCUUCUAGCCAGGUGAUCUCUCAGGAGACUCUAUGGUGCGGUUCCGCCGCUGUGGGACGGGGUUGCGGCACCGGAUCCUCGGUGAGGGCGGCUGAGCCCCCCUCUCCCGCCUGGACCGGACCGGACCGGCCGAGCCUCCCCGCACAGCCGGACCCCGUGCACCCGGCACAGUCGCUGUCUCAGCUCAGGCGGUCUCCUGCCCUGCGUUGCGGAGAGCGCCAGCGAUGAGCGGAGCGGAGCGGUGUGAGAAGGAGGCGGCUCCGGCCUCGGGUCCUGGUGAUGCAUCUCCAGAUGAAGGAGUAGUAGAAGAUCUGCCUUUAAUAGAUGAAAAAGCUGUGGAGCAGCUCACUGAAGGAUUGAUUUCUCAUUAUCUGCCUGAUUUUCAGCGAUCAAAAUCAUCACUGCAGGAACUUACACAGAACCAAGUGGUAUUACUAGAAACAAUAGAACAAGAAAUUGCAAAAUUCAAAGAGUGUAACUCAAUUGUUGAUAUCGAUGCCUUGUUUACAGAAGCCAAGCACUAUCACAACAAGUUAGUGAACAUUAGAAAUGAAAUGAUGAUGCUCCAUGAGAAGACAUCAAAGUUAAAAAAAAGAGCACUUAAGCUGCAACAGAAGAAACAGAAGGAAGAACUAGAACGUGAGCAGCAGCGUGAGAAGGAGCUUGAAAGAGAGAAGCAGUUAACAGCAAAACCUGCUAGGAGGACUUGAAAUAGAGCAUGCAGCAAUUUUUCCAAGUUAAUAACUUCUGCAUUCUCUGGAUUAAGGCAAAUUUUGCUUAAACUGGGCUAUUGCUGUUACUAGCAAUAGUCUACUCUAUGAUAUUAUAAAUUCUAGAAUGAUAAUAAUAGAACUGAUAACAUUCAGAUUUUUUCAUUCCAGCCACUCAGGUUGCCUUCUUUUGUAAUGCUAUGCAGUUUGAUAAUAUAACAAUGUAAGUUAAUUAUAUAUAUAUGUAUAUAGCAGACUUAGGCAUCAUAUUUUUUUUCCAUAUUUUCUUCUAGUGUUUAGAAUUCUGACUGAUACUUGAUGACUGACAUACGUUUUUUUCAGCCAAGAUACAGUAUACUAGUUAAAGUUUAGUUCUCAUCCCUGAAUUUCAGUGACUGCCUGUUUCAUUGAAGCUGCUUUGAUUCAGGCAGUAGGGAUCUUUCUCUUUUUUUUUGCCUUGGACAUAAAUACCAAGUUUCUCUGCAGCCUUCGUUUGGUCUGUCUCUAAUGAACUGAAGAAACUUCCAAACUUUCAGUGUAUUUGCCUGAACGCUCACAUUGUUGGAGCAGUCCUAAUUUUUUGUCUUCAAAUAACUUAAGAACAUCUUUAAAGUAACUUCUGAAUAAUUUCCCAGCUGAAUUGGUUGGGAGGGAGAAGCAGAGCACUAAAGAUAUUCUAAAUUGUUGUGUGCACAAUGCAAAUAUUAAUAAAUUUUGCUUCCACAAACAUCUGAGUCAAACCAGGGAACUGUUGCUUUUGUAAUGAUUCAACAGGAAGACUCUGGUCUAAGCAAAUCUCUGUGGGAUCAGAAGUUGUAGUUUCAGACAAAGAAAUUUGCAUGACAAAAUAAAAUACAACCAAAACUAAACAAUUUUUACUUCAUGUGAAAUUCAGUUACUUGUAGGAAAAAACAACUAUAUCUAAUUUUUUCCCUAACAAAUUAUUUAUUUGCACUUUAGGUUUAUGUAAGAGAAUUUUUAUUGCACUGUCCUCACCCAAAUUGGUGACUGUUGGUGUAUACUGAUGGUAAACAUGGAAUAGAGGUUGAUAUCAAGGUAAUUGCUUUCUUGCAGCACCUGGUGUAAACCCAGUUUCAAAUGAAUGUAGGUGUUAUCUGGACUGCUGAAAGAGCUUUAAAUUAUUUGUUUCUACAGUGUAACAAACUAAUUACUUUUUCUGUGUUACUUUUUAAAAGUUAUAAUUUCAGUGGUGAGUUUUGAAGUAAGAUAGAGGUAAACUAUGUAAAGUUUUCCAUAAAAUAUAUAAGGUGUGAGAGGGUCACAGUCUCCUCUCAGGGAGGGUUUCUUCCAUUUUAGGUGACUUACCUCGUGUACACCUGCCUGGACUCCUCUGUAUUAAAAUUUUCAGCACUUCUACUUUCCUGUCUGUGAAUAUUUGUCAUCUUUUCCUGUGAAAGACAUACUCUGAUGAUUAAUAAUCCAGCAUGCAAGGUAAACUGGGAUGAUGUUUUGAGGCCAGGAAAACAAAUUACUUAAAGUAGUCUGAAGAGACACUGAAAUGCUGUUAUUGAAGCAGUAACAGAUUAAAACUUCCCACUGGUACUUUUCCUUCUAAGUUGAUUUGUGUCUGUAAAUUGCCAGUGGAUUGUUAAGAUGUGCUGUGGUUUGUGUAUAUUUCUAAGAAUUUCUGCAGUUCACUUUUGGAGCAGAAUGUACAUAACUAAAUAUUGCUUAAAUAUUUUAUUUUGUAAUGUAAUUUCAAAUUAACUUCUGGGAAUUUAAGCAGUUCUUAUUAAAGUUUAACAUGGAACUAGAUGCCUCAGUAUUCAAAUUUGGAUUAAAUUCCUGGGCUAUUUCUUGAUUAGUGUUCCCUCAUCUAGAGUCCAGUUUAGUGUUUCAAGUUAUGGUCUCUUUCUGUGAAGAUCCGUGGG